CUCUGGGCUCUUCGCCUCAUCCGCCCCUCGACAUAGAGCCCUGCGAUUUGUAAAUCCGAUUCUCCCGUUCAGCACCUCCAGACAAAAUUACACAUAGUAUCCGGGAUUUGAGAUCAUUUCGACAUUGAUAGGCACCUAUCGGGACGCGUUUUGUGUCGUUUAUUCGUCUUGGAUGAAAUUGGACACCGCUGCUGUUUCUGGAUGCGUCCAUGUCCUCCUGUGGGCCGAGCCGCGGAGGGAUACAUCUCUGGAAGCGACAAUGUGGAGGCUGCUAAAAUGUCUACUUGGAAAAUGAAGUCGCUACAAUUUCAGUCAUAUUAAAAGAAACGGAGUCAUUGCUGAGUUAUGGUUCGCGUCGGAGACGGCUUUUCAUUUUCGUGACGAAGACAGCAGUGCGGCGGCGGACUGCUUCAGUCUUGGCUUUCCUCAUCUCCCUCAAGCCCACUCUCCGCAGGAGCUCGGAGGGGGCAAAGGAUCCAGUCCAUAACUUUGUUUUUUUUUCUCCUCUCCGGUCGUUGGUUUCUCUUUGUUGGAUGCUACAAAACUGAGUUACGUGGCUUGCUGAGACUGAAAGGGCAAGCGAACUGCAACAGAGAAUGACGACAGUGGGGACAGACAAGGAGCUCAGCGACUUGCUGGAUUUUACUGCGAUGUUUGAACUUCCGGUUACGAAUGGCAAGAAUAGACCAACAGUCAGACUGGCCAGCAGUCAGUUUGGUGGUUCAGGUGUUGAUGAGAGGAAUGGAUCCGGUCCUUGGGGCUCCGCAGAGCAGAGCAGCCCAUCGUUCAACCAGGGGAGGUGUUUUGGCGAAGAUGGCGUUUACAGUGAGCAAGCUGGCAUUGCACCUGGUACAGUGUAUGGAACGGGCCAUGCCGGGAAGCCUGAGAGGGGCCCUUACUCGCCAUUUGCAACACAGCCGGGCUUUUUGCCCAGUGAGAUAGCCAUGCCCAGUCCCGAUGCGCUGUCCCCCUCUGGCUUGAAGCCCACCUCCCAGUUUUAUUCCUCCUACGAGGGCAACAACUCUCGUCGACGACCCACGCAUGAUCCCAUUGAAGCCCAGCCAAAAAAGAUCCGGAAGGUGCCCCCCGGCCUGCCCUCGUCGGUGUGUCCCUCAGGCGAGGAUUUUAACAGGGACAAUGUUGGCUACUCUGCUUCAAAGGCAGGAAGCAUCUACACACCAACCUUCUACAUGCAAGAAGGCCUCCACCCGCCUUCCGAUCCAUGGGGUUCUGCUGGGUCGAUGGUUCAACCUGGUUAUCCAUCCAUGCUGGGUAACUCCACCCAUCUGAGCCAGCACGGUCCCUUCACUGCCAUCAACCCCCAAGACAGACUGAAACGGCAACCGCUGCCCCUCUCGCCCCAAAACUACCCCCAACAUGGCAGCGAAGUGAACGGGAACCAUCCGGCCGGCUUCCACUCCGGCUCAAACAGCUACGGCGUUCCCAGUCAAACACCCCCUCUUGCUGCCAAUCGAGGAGCAGUACCUGGAAGUUCUGGCGAUGAGAUUGGGAAAGCGCUGGCUUCUAUCUAUCCUUCAGACCCAAACAGUAACGGCUAUUCUUCGUCCCCGUCAACCCCCUCCGGCUCUCCUCAGGCCACUUCAGGAUGCGCCUCUCAAUGGACCAGGUCAUCUGGACAGGCUACACCUUCACCUAACUUUCAUGGUGGAAUUCAGGGCAUGUCUAAUAAACUGGAGGAUCGCCUGGACGAAGCUAUUCAUGUUCUUCAGCGACAUGCCAGUGGACAAGGAGGACCAGGACUGGCUGAGAUGCAGAGUCUGCUGGCAUCCGGCUUGGGCUUAUCCUCAGCUUUUAGCAGUGCAGCACAUGGCCUCACCAGUCGCCUGCCCGGAAUGGUCUCCAACCACCAUGAAGACUCUGCUGGACUGCCCUCUAGUGGAGGACUUGGGCACCACAGUUCCUCAUCUGCCCUGCAAGGCUCUCAAACUGAAGGUUUCACCAGUCUGGUGAGCAACCUUAAUCGUUCCAGUGACAUUAAACGAGAGACCAAGGAGGAUGAUGAAAACUGCUCUGUGACUGACAAGUCAGAGGAUGAGAACAAAGAGCUAAAUGCUCUUCAAACAAGUCUGAUUGAUGAGGAUGACGAUGAAGAUCUACCAGUGGAGAUUAAAGCUGGGCGGGAGAAAGUGCGGAGGAUGGCAAACAAUGCCCGCGAGCGGCUCCGCGUGCGGGACAUCAAUGAGGCCUUUAAAGAGCUGGGCCGCAUGUGUCAGCUCCAUCUGAACUAUGAGAAACCGCAGACUAAAUUGAACGUGCUCCAACAGGCCGUUAACGUUAUACUCGACCUGGAGCAGCAAGUCCGAGAGCGUAAUCUCAACCCCAAGGCCGCCUGCCUCAAGAGAAGAGAGGAGGAGAAAGUGUCGGGCGUGGACCCCCAGAUGCAGAUGGGCGGAGGUCUCGGAGGUGAUGGACACAACCCUAUAAGCCAUAUGUUCUGUUAACUAGCAGAUGUUUGAAGACGUGGCCUUAAUGCACCCCCAUGUGAUAUUUGAAAGGCACACGGCACCUCAUUACUGUCAAAAGGGGGCCACAGCCACAAACAAACAGAACAAGCACACUUGGGGUUGGGAAGAGAGAGAGAGAGAGAGACAUAUUCAUAUUGACAUGAUUAGACUCGAGGACAUUGAGCUGGGGAUGUUCUGAUGAUCAUGUUUUUGUAACACAUUCUACAAAAACAAAC